AUGACUGGAACGGAAAAGUGUGGUGGGAAAAGAUUCACAAGUAACAGGGAUGAGAAGAACCUUGAAAAGAUUAGCAAUAAAGAUGGAGCCCCAAAAUCUGCAAACGAUGUCUCUCCAUCACACUCUGUAUCUGAGUUGGCGAAGAACACCAAGAAGUUGAAGAAAUCCACAGAGAGUAUGACCAAAAUCUACACGUCUGUGCUAAACAGUGUUUUUGGAGCGGACAGAGAAUUGACUCAGGCUGAAGUGGAUGAGAUGCAAGAAGCCUUCAAGGAGUUUGACUACGACCAAGAUGGCUACCUGAACUACAAGGAUGUGGCUGAAUGUAUGAGGACGAUGGGAUAUAUGCCCACAGAGAUGGAGAUGCUGGAGAUCGUGCAACAAAUCAAGAUGAGAAUGGGCGGGUUGAUGGACUUUGAUGACUUUAUUGAACUGAUGGGACCCAGGAUGAUGGGAGAGACGGCCGGCAUGGUCGGCCUUAAGGAGCUACAAUCAGCCUUUGCACAGUUUGACCUGGAUGGAGAUGGAAAAAUCAACUUUGACGAGAUGAAAGAGGCGACGAAAACUCUCCUGGGAGAAAAGCUGAAGAAAGGAGAGCUGGAGGAGAUCCUGAAGGAGCUGGACAUCAAUGCAGAUGGCACCAUUGACUUUGAGGAGUUCGUGAUGAUGCUCUCCAUUCGCUAGCUGCUAAACAACCUGAUGACACGGACAAAAGACACCAGUUGUGCCGUUAAACGUGAUCCAUAUGACACUGCUGCUCUGCCCAAUGAAACUGAUGUUUGUAUGUUUUUGUUUUGUAUAUCAACAAACAAAAUGAACACA